AUGCAAUUUGAGACAUUGCGCCAGGUCUGCAAUUCUGUCCUAUCUCAUUUCCAUGGGGUUUUCUCAUCCCCACCAAAUAUUUUGCAAAACGAGCUUUUUGGGCAAACACUGAACAAUGCAAGGAAAAGGAGCCCAUCAAUAUCCAGAGAACAGAAUAGAAGAUACGAUCAACAGGAAGAGAGAGACGAAUAUUCCCAGUAUGCUACAUCAGACAGUGCAAUGCCUAGAUCUCCUUCAGAUUAUGCUGAAAGGAGAUCUCAUCAUGGACCUCAAUUAUUUGAAGAACCUGAACAUAUAGAUUAUAGGGACUCCAAUAGGAGAAGUCGUAGACGUUCCAAAGAGUAUAUAGAUGAUGAGGAUGUAGAAAAUAGGGAUGAAUAUGAAAGACAAAGGAGGGAGGAGGAAUACCAAGCACGCUACCGAAGUGACCCUAAUUUGGCUCGUUACCCAGUAAAGCCACAGCCUUAUGAAGAACAAAUGCGUAUUCAUGCUGAAGUGUCCCGAGCACGACAUGAGCGAAGACAUAGUGAUGUUUCACUGGCCAACACAGAGCUUGAAGAUUCUAGGAUUCCUAUGCUGAGAAUGGAAAGACAGUCAAGGCAAAGGUCUACAUCAGAGCGCAGGGCAGCCAUGGAAAACCAGCGCUCUUAUUCAAUGGAAAGAACUCGAGAGGUUCAGGGACCUAGUCCUAAUCGUCAGAGGACCACAAAUCAUAGCCCUCCUACCCCUCGGAGGAGUCCAAUCCCUAUUGAUAGACCUGACAUGAGGCGCACUGACUCAUUAAGGAAACCCCAUCACUUAGAUCCCAGUUCUGCUGUCAGGAAAACAAAGCGUGAAAAAAUGGAAACCAUGUUAAGGAAUGAUUCCCUUAGCUCAGAUCAGUCUGAGUCAGUAAGACCUCCACCACCAAAGCCUCAUAAAACAAAGAAAGGAGGUAAAAUGCGGCAGGUUUCCUUGAGUAGCUCAGAAGAGGAAUUAGCUUCCACCCCAGAAUAUACAAGUUGUGAUGAUGUUGAGAUUGAGAGUGAGAGUGUAAGUGAAAAAGGAGACAUGGAUUACAACUGGUUGGACCAUACGUCUUGGCAUAGCAGUGAGGCAUCCCCAAUGUCUUUGCAUCCUGUAACUUGGCAGCCAUCCAAAGAUGGAGACCGUUUGAUUGGUUGCAUUUUAUUAAACAAGCGCCUAAAAGAUGGAAGUGUUCCCAGAGAUUCAGGAGCAAUGCUUGGAUUGAAGGUUGUAGGAGGAAAGAUGACUGAAUCAGGUCGACUCUGUGCAUUUAUCACCAAAGUUAAAAAGGGAAGUUUAGCUGAUACUGUGGGGCACCUUAGACCAGGUGAUGAAGUAUUAGAAUGGAAUGGAAGGCUACUACAGGGAGCUACAUUUGAGGAAGUUUACAACAUUAUUCUAGAAUCUAAACCAGAGCCACAAGUGGAACUUGUGGUUUCAAGACCUAUUGGAGACAUCCCCAGAAUCCCUGAUAGUUCACAUGCACAACUGGAGUCCAGCUCCAGCUCAUUUGAAUCACAAAAAAUGGAUCGCCCUUCCAUUUCUGUUACUUCUCCCAUGAGUCCAGGAAUGUUGAGGGAUGUUCCACAAUUCUUAUCUGGACAACUCUCAAGCCAAAGCCUUAGUAGAAGAACAACGCCUUUUGUUCCUAGGGUUCAGAUAAAACUAUGGUAUGACAAAGUUGGUCAUCAAUUGAUAGUUACAAUUUUGGGAGCAAAGGACCUCCCUUCCAGGGAAGAUGGAAGACCACGGAAUCCUUAUGUUAAAAUUUACUUUCUUCCAGACAGAAGUGAUAAAAACAAAAGAAGAACUAAAACAGUAAAGAAAACAUUGGAACCCAAAUGGAAUCAAACAUUCAUUUACUCUCCAGUUCAUCGGAGAGAAUUUCGAGAACGGAUGUUGGAGAUUACUCUUUGGGACCAAGCUAGAGUUCGAGAAGAAGAAAGUGAAUUUUUAGGAGAGAUUCUAAUUGAAUUAGAGACAGCACUAUUAGAUGAUGAGCCUCAUUGGUAUAAACUGCAGACACAUGAUGUUUCUUCAUUGCCACUUCCCCACCCGUCUCCAUAUUUGCCACGCCGACAGCCUCAUGGGGAGAGUCCAACACGAAGGUUGCAAAGGUCUAAGAGAAUAAGUGACAGUGAAGUCUCUGACUAUGACUGUGAUGACGGAAUUGGUGUAGUGUCAGACUAUCGACACAAUGGAAGAGAUCUUCAGAGUUCAACAUUGUCAGUGCCAGAACAAGUGAUGUCAUCUAAUCAUUGUUCACAGUCUGGGUCCCCUCAUCGAGUAGAUAGUAUAGGAAGAACUAGGUCAUGGUCACCCAGUGUUCCUCCUCCACAAAGAACUGUGGAACAGGGACUUCGAGGGACACGACCUUCUAGUGGACAUUAUAAUACCAUCAGCCGAAUGGACAGACAUCGUGUCCAUGAUGACCAUUAUUCUCCAGAGAGAGAUAGUCAUUAUCUCACUCUACCUCGCUCCAGAUACAUUGAUCACCAUCACAGGGAUGUAAGGAAUUGUGAAGCAGCAGAUAGACAGCCAUAUCACAGAUCCAGAUCAACAGAACAACGGCCUGUCCUAGAGCGGACCACCUCCCGCUCCAGAUCCACUGAACGUCCUGAUACAAACCUCAUGAGGUCGAUGCCUUCAUUAAUGACUGGAAGAUCUGCCCCUCCUUCACCUGCCUUAUCGAGGUCUCAUCCUCGUACUGGGUCUGUCCAAACAAGCCCAUCGAGUACUCCAGUGGCAGGACGUAGGGGACGACAGCUCCCACAGCUCCCGCCAAAGGGGACUUUGGAGAGAAUGAUCACAGAAGAAGUGGACUCAGCAAGGAGAAGAAAUUCAGGUUCUAUGGAUCUAGAGGAGAGAAACCACCAAAUGAAAAUUAAUAAAUACAAACAGGUAGCAGGAUCAGACUCCAGAUUGGAACAAGAUUACCAUUCUAAGUAUCGUUCAGGGCGGGAUCUUCAUCGAGGUGCGGACAAUAUUUCCACUAAAUCUUCAGACAGUGAUGUAAGUGAUGUGUCAGCUGUAUCAAGAACUAGCAGUGCAUCUCGUUUCAGCAGUACAAGCUACAUGUCUGUCCAAUCAGAAAGACCAAGAGGAAAUAAAAAAAUCAGUGUCUUUACAUCCAAAAUGCAAAGCAGACAGAUGGGCAUCUCAGGAAAGAAUAUGACUAAAAGCACCAGCAUCAGUGGGGACAUGUGCACAAUAGAGAAGAAUGAUGGCAGCCAAUCUGAUACCGCAGUGGGCACCAUGGGCACCGGUGGCAAAAAGCGGCGCUCCAGCAUUGGGGCAAAAAUGGUAGCUAUUGUGGGUCUCUCACGAAAAAGCCGCAGUACAUCCCAGCUCAGCCAAACUGAAGCUGGAGGCAAAAAACUAAGGAGUACAGUCCAGAGGAGUACAGAAACUGGCCUGGCAGUAGAAAUGAGAAACUGGAUGACUCGACAGGCAAGCCGAGAAUCUACAGAUGGAAGCAUGAACAGCUAUAGCUCUGAAGGAAAUUUGAUUUUCCCUGGUGUUCGAUUGGCCUCAGAUAGCCAGUUCAGUGAUUUUCUGGAUGGCUUAGGUCCAGCUCAGUUAGUUGGGCGUCAGACAUUGGCCACACCAGCCAUGGGUGACAUUCAGGUUGGAAUGAUGGAUAAAAAGGGACAAUUGGAGGUAGAAAUAAUUCGGGCCCGUGGCCUUGUUGUAAAACCAGGUUCAAAGACACUGCCAGCACCAUAUGUAAAGGUGUAUCUCUUAGAUAAUGGAGUCUGCAUAGCCAAAAAGAAAACAAAAGUAGCAAGAAAAACACUGGAACCCCUUUACCAACAGCUCUUGUCAUUUGAUGAAAGCCCACAGGGGAAAGUUUUACAGAUCAUCGUUUGGGGAGAUUAUGGACGAAUGGAUCACAAAUCCUUUAUGGGAGUGGCUCAGAUACUUUUAGAUGAACUGGAGUUGUCUAAUAUGGUGAUUGGAUGGUUCAAACUGUUCCCCCCUUCUUCCUUAGUAGAUCCAACGUUGGCCCCUCUGACUAGAAGAGCUUCCCAGUCAUCUUUGGAAAGUUCCACGGGACCUUCUUAUGCUCGUUCAUAGCAUCUGUAAAACUGUCAUAGCAACCAGCGUUACAAAAAAAAAAAAAAUUACAGGUCGCAAACCCUGGUAACACUGC